CCAGCACCAGCCCUCCUGCACCUCCAGCACCAUGGCCCAGAUGCGCACUACCUCCCCGUCGGAAAUGGAGCGCAACAUGGAGAAGAUCAUCGUCAUUUUCCAGCGUUUUGCGGGGAAGGACGGCUGCGCCGACACCAUGACGUACCAGGAGUUUGAGGACUUCAUGAAAUCCGAGCUCUGCUCUUUCUCCUGUAACCAGAAGAAUAAGGACGUCCUGAAGCAAAUGAUGAAGUCCGUUGAUGGGGGGAUGGACAAGAAACCAGACGAUAAGUUGGACUUCCAGGAAUUCCUCAAUCUGAUUGGUGGGAUGAUGGUGGGCUGCCAUGCUGCUCUGUGUAAGCUCCCCGAGGGCUACAAGCCCAACCCCUCUAACAAGAAGCCCACGGACAUGGAGUCGUCCAUGGAGAACAUCAUUCGCAUUUUUCAGAAGUACGCAGGCAAGGGCGGGGACAAGUACCAAAUGGACUACAAGGAGUUCGAGAGUUUCAUGAAGACGGAGCUGAAAACUUUCACCGAGGGCCAGAAGGACCCCAAUAUUGUGCAGAACCUGAUGAAGCAGAUGGACGGCUCGGUGGAUGACAAGAAGGACGGACAGAUCAACUUCCAGGAGUUCAUGAACCUGGUGGGGGGCAUCAUGGUGUCGUGUCAGGAGGCGAUGCUGAGGAGCACUCACCCCAAGAAACCCUGAGUGACCCCUCAACUUCUCAUGUCAUUUGUUCUCUGACCAUUUCUUGUAAUAAAGUCUCCAAACCCACAA